AUGACUUUUACAUUCUCCACUUCAUCAAGGAAAAAUGGUAGACCUACUUUAAAAUCUGUUUCUACAGAAGACAACAUUCAUUUAUUGAGGAAGCGCCGUCAGCAGCAAUUAUUAAGUAACUCUACUAAUAAUUCACACCAUCCAAAUAGUUGCCACACUCCAUGUGCAACCGAUUGUCAAGGCGAUGACAUACGCAGCGCUUCAACAACCAACUUGGAUCGUUUACGACAAGAACAAGAGGAAAACGCAUUAGAAAUGGACUGUACCAAGUCGACACUAUCUCAUAGAGCAAAUAUGGUUGUGGACGUCCUGCCAUCUUUUGAGAUGUAUAAUGCCUUACACAGACAUAUACCUCAGGGCAACGUUGACCCGGACAGACACGACUUCCCUCCUUCUUAUCAAGAAGUUCGUACACAAAGAAUGACUACAUUAUCCAGUAAUGACAAUUCUGUGGAAAGGUCACAAUUGACAGCGAUAUCAGGAUCAGAAAACGUAUGUAAUGGAGCUACUUCACACUCUCUUACCAACCUACAUCCUUUACAAACGCAACAUCUUACAAUAAAUACCACUACAGAUAAUAGACAAUCACAUCAUUCUUUGUCAGACACCAAUGUCAGUCAAAUACCGUUCGAAGACGACCUAAAUGACUCGGAUAACAUUUUUAUAGACAAAUUAUACACCUUACCCAAAAUGACCACUCCGAUUGAGAUUGAUAUAAGAAUAACGAAAACUGCAUCAAUACCUCAUGAACGUCCUGAGGAACAAUCCAUAUUAAAGGAAUAUACAUCGGGCGAUAUUAUCCAUGGCUACUGUUUGAUUGAAAAUCGAUCUUCGCAACCCUUGAAAUUUGAAAUGUUUUACGUUACUUUAGAGGCGUAUAUUUCUGUAAUCGACCGUCAAAAGGGGAAAAGAACUUUGAAGAGAUUUUUGAGAAUGGUUGAUCUAAGUGCAUCUUGGUCUUAUACAAAUAUCACCCCAAGUACAGGUAUCAAUAUUGUUCCGGGUGAACGGGAUUUUGAUGAUGCCAUUAUUGGUCUUUCAAACAGCAGGGAACUGAAGCCAAACACAAAAUACAAAAAAUUCUUUAUGUUUAAGCUUCCUACACAAUUAUUGGAUGUGACAUGCAAACAAGAGCAAUUUUCUCACUGCCUUCUACCACCAAGUUUUGGUAUUGACAAGUAUAAAAAUAAUUGUAAAUAUUCUGGGAUAAAAGUUAAUAGUGUCCUUGGCUGUGGACAUUUAGGUACCAAAGGCUCGCCCAUUUUGACCCUGGACAUGGCAGAUGAUAACUUAUCGAUAAAUUAUACCAUUGAUGCCAAAAUUGUGGGUAAAGACAAAAGAACGUCAAAGUUGAAUAUUAUGAAGGAAAAGGAAUAUAACUUGAGAGUCAUGCCCUUCCCUUUUGCCGGUGUUACUAAUCAGCAAAAUGAGAAGACGUGUCUAAGACAGCUCAGUGAUUUGGAAACCUUGAUCGAGGAUAGAUUUGAAGCUUUAAAAAAAGUUUUCAGGAAACUGGAGUUAGAUGAGGCUAUUUCAAAUUUGGAUAUUCAUGAUACGGAUAUAAGCGGAACUUUAGAUGGCAAUGAAGAUUUGGAUUCUGACGAGAUAUUAAGACGUAAGUUAGAUCAACUCCACAUUAAUAACAGAAUUGAUGAUGCUACUAAUCCGACGCCAUCUUAUGACUCCAAGAACAUGGUCCCGAAGGAAAACUUAGUUGAGACUGAGUUACGGUAUAAGUUUAAGAAUAAGAGUAAAUCAAAUUCAAGUUUAUUUUCUCAUUUCUUGAACUCAUCAGAAGCAGGCCCAUCUUCAAGCGGUACACAUCUAUACAAUUCCGGUUUAAUUGUAUUAUCAGUCAAAAAACCACAAUCUGCGUUGCCUUACUGGUCACCAUCAUUGUUAAGGAAAACCAAUAAAUUUGAAGCGAAGAGUGAACAAGAAAAAGAGAAUUGGCAGAGGUUAAUGAGUAUGCUUUCGGAUGAAAUGAAAACUCCACUAACUAAAUUAGAUGUACGCUUAACCUGUAUUCAAUCUAAUAAUAGCGCAGGCCAUAAACCACCAGAGAUAAGCUCUGUAACUACAGAAUUUCUGGUUAUCACCGCCAAGUCUGAUAAUUCUAUUCCUAUCAAAUUCAGCACCGAGCUGUUAAUGAACGAGAAUAGGUUAAACCAAUUGAAGACGAAAUUUUCGGCUUACCAAAAACAGGUCCACGAAUAUCGUAAAAAAUUUGAAGAGAACCAUGUGAAAUUAGAUGAACUUUAUAAUAGAAAUAGAGAUCACACUACUUCAAAAGAAUUGUUAUUCACAAAUUUCAUAUCUGAUCAGAUAAACAAUGAUAUUGACAGUUUAGCCGGGUUAAAAGUUGAUGUUAUUGAUUUACAUGAUAUCUUCAAAAAACAGAUACAUACUUUUGAAGAAGAAAACGAGGAUGUAAUUUCUAAAAAAGGGAGUUCAAGUUCUCCUUCUCUGUCCUCCAGUAACAACAACUUCUUACAAGCAACGUUUAGUAAUGGUGCAUCCACUGCUACUAAAUUUACUCAACAGAUUGUGCAUGAAUGGGAAAAGGUGAAGCCACUGCAGUAUAAAAGAGAUGUAACGGUUAAUUUGAAGUUGAACCCCAACAUCAAGGAAACUUUAGUACCUAAUUUUGAGACGUGCCUGUGCUGUAGAUUUUAUUGCGUUAGAGUGAAUAUCAAAUUCGACAACCAUUUAGGUUCCAUGAAAGUUGAUAUUCCAGUUGACGUUAAGAAGUUACAAAGUGAGACUAUAUAA